AUGUCAUCAAUAUUUUCUCAGCAUCUGUCCGGGCAGCAGAACACAGGAACUGGUCUCUUUGGCUCAACGGACACGACUCAGAAUAAAUCGAAUCUUUUUGGCUCACUGAAUACAAACAAUACUACGCAGCAGGGUGGAGGACUCUUUGGAUCUACGACAUCACAGCCAGCGCAGACUGGAGGCCUAUUUGGUAGCACACCAUCUCAGCCAGCGCAGGGAGGUGGUCUGUUUGGAAGCACGACAAGCCAGCCUGCCGCAGGAGGAGGCUUGUUCGGGAGCACUUCGCAACCACAACAGGGUGGAGGAUUAUUCGGGAGUACGCAGCCAGCAAAGACGGGCAGUGGUAUCUUCGGUCAGCCUCAAGUUCAGCAAGGGCUGUUUGGAAGUCUGGGAAGCACAGCAUAUCAGCCGCCGCCGCAAGGGAGCGGUAUCUUCCGCAGCUUUGGACAACCUGCGCAACAGGCACAACAAACACAGCAACAAGGCAGCGUUCUCGGUCAACCCCAAAGCCAGUCACGGCUAUUCCAAGAUUCACAGAUAGCUCCUCGUCAAAAGUCAGUAACAGACCAAAUCGAGCUCGCCUACGCAAAAUGGAAUCCACAAUCUCCACAUACGCCCUUUCAAACCUACCUUUAUAAUGCCGUCGCCCCUGAGAGUGCUCCCUUCUACGGCCCUGGCCCUCAGGAUGACGAGGUGAAAUGGGAGGAAGCUCUUGCCAAGAAACCUUCUCCGGGCGCUGUCCCCGUCGCUGCUCGUGGCUUCGAGGAACUUUCCUUCCGUAUGAAGAGCCAGUACCAGAACCUCAACGUACUGCAAGGGCGUCUCCAUGAGAUCAAUGAAGGUUUGAACGCGCUGCUGCAGAAACAUGACCUGGAUCUCUCGAUUCGUACGGCAGAGUGUAAGCGGAAGCAUUUGGUGCUGAGUCGGCAGUGUCUGAGUUUGGCGGCUAAGACGCAGAUGUUGAGGAAUAGGGGUUACGCCAUGGAUGCUGCGGAGGAAGAACUAAGGAAGAAAUUAUUGCUGCUCGAAAGGACGGCCUUUGAUCCAGCUCUGAGCGGGAAGGGAGAAGAGAUAUGGGCACGGAUGGUCAGCGUGAGGGAGCGGGGGCGGCAGUUACAGCAGGUUUACGAGAAAGCGGGACGGGGAUUGACGGAAGCGAAGAGCGGAGGGAUUGACGAAGAAGUGAUGAAGAGGGCGAAGAAGAUUCUAGAAGAUUACAAUUCCCAGCUAGAGCACCUUACCAAGGAGCUGGCUUCGAUCGAGAAGGAUUGGAAGGAGUAUGAGCAGCAAGAGAAGCCAACAAGGUUUUUGCUGAAUGGCAGAUGA